GGGCUUAUUUGGAACACCCAGGGGAUGAAAGGGUACUUUUGACCUAUUUUGACAAAUUAAACAAUAAAAACAUUAGAAAUUGGUAUAAAUUAAUUAUUGACACUUCAAUUGAGAGAUUAGACUUUCAUUUUAACUAAAAUGUUCUCACUUAAAUUGGGGCAGUAUAUAUUAAAAAUGUCUGAAAAGCGGAUUUGGUGGGCUUAAUAGGGACGUUUACCCUAAAGGUCGUUUAAGUAGAUAAGUGAAAUUCCAAAAGUGGCUAUAGAAAAUGGGCAGGAUGCGAAUUGACUUGAGAAAGGGGGAUUUGAAGAACUUGCAGGUCUCUGCAGGUUCUGGAUCGAGGAUACAUCGCAUUAAAAGAUGAUGUCCGUACAUUGCUCAAUGCUCCCAAGAAAACGUGUCAUCCCAGCCAGGGAUGCUACUUCAACUUUUUGGAGUUCUCUGCAUUAUUAAUACAUGUGCAGAGUCUCUGCACAUGUAUUACUAAUGCAUGAAGUCAGUGAGUCAUUUAUUAUAUGUAUGCACAUAGCCUACCGCCAGAAAAAACAUUAAAUUUGUCACCCUUACCCACGUAAACCUAUUUACAAUGUUAGUGAUAACGUAUAAGUUGCCCAGCUUGUCUGUUUAUUCAUACCGCAUUUUGUAGAAGGCCUAAUGUUUUUAGCAAUAGGUAGCGUUUAGCCUAGUAGCCUAACUUGACUAGGUAUACGAAGUGCUGUCCCGAGCGGGAGUGAAUUUGACGGGGAACGUGCAUUUUUAUCUUCAAUCUCUACCUUCAAAAAAAAAAAACUAUUUGCUUUACCCCAGAUAUAAUGGGACACGUGUCAUCCAACAAGUUCCAAUUUGACUCAUCUGUCCAUAGUACAUUAUCCCAAAAUGCCUGGGGACCAAGCAGGUUCUUUCUUUUGCAAAUAUGAGAUAAGCAUUGAUAUUUCUCUUGGUUAGCAGUGGUUUCUACCUUGUUGCUUUUUCAUGAAUUCCACUUUUACCGAGUCUCUUUCUUAUUGUGGAGUCUUGAACAUGGAUCGACGCUGAGGGGUGUUCUUUGGUGUUCGUCUGGGAUCUUUUCUAACUUCCUGGCCCAGCUGGCAGUACCUCCAGUCUACUCUGUCCGCAUGUUUGUGAGCUUUGGCAAUUCCCUCACUCUUCCCUGCCAUGGAGCCCCCAGCAGGGAUGUGGUUUGGUUGUUUCAGCAGGAUGAGCUUCCUGACUGGCUGCUUGUGGCCAAACUCUACACUGGAUUCUUUUCAUCUGGAAACGGCUUCCAGGGACGCGUGGAAUCCUUCUACCUAACAGAGCCGGGAAACUACAGCCUCACCCUCAGUCCCGUGGUGUACAGUGACCUCGGCAUUUACAAAUGCCAGUACAAGGAUGAGACUGAGAUCCCUCUUUCAGAUGUGAAACUAGAAAUUAGAGUCCCAUCAAAUGUUUCCAUAGCGAUAGGAAUGUCCGCCAGUCUUCCUUGCUUUGGGAAAAUUAACACACGUGCUGAUGAUCUGGAUAUCCUCUGGAUGAGAGGCGGAGAGAACGUUUACCAGCUCCAUAAGAACACCAUCACAUAUGGGCCCAGGUUCGAGAACAGAACUUCACUUUCCCCAGAACAAGCCCUCUGUGGAAACAUGUCUUUAACCAUCAGACAGGCACAGUUUUCAGAUGAAGGCGACUACCAGUGCUUCUACAGGAGUCCAAAAGAGAGUGGGAAUCCAGAUUAUGCCAGUCUCUUUGUUACAGGCCACCCAACCCAGAACUUUACAGUGAAGGCUGGUGGUUUGCUCUCCAUACUGCUCUAUGCCGCAGACCCAGUGAGGGUAACAUUCAGUGCAGGCCUUGGUUCAGAUGAGGUGCUGAUAUUCAAUGCAAAUAAAGGCCCAGCCAGGUAUGGGGAGCGUUGUGCUCAGAGAUGUGUGCUUCUGGCCCAGAACUACACCCUUUUGCUGAGGAGUGUGACACUGGAGGAUGCCGGAGUCUACAAGGUGACCGAUCCUGAGACUAAGAAGACUAUCGGCUCAGUCUCUCUGCACGUCUCAGCUCCUCCUCUCUCUGCUGGAGCAUUGGCUGGGAUAGUGCUGGGAGUGCUGGUGGUGGUGCUGCUGGUGUUGGGGGCCCUUUGCUUUCUGGAAGUACCGCAAAGAACAAAAGCGAGCAGAGCCUGUAGUCCGUUACCAAGCAGCCAGUGCUGAAGAUCAGAACAUAUCCAGCAGCAGAGCAGCAGACCCAGCCCGAGACCCAGACCGCUCUCCCUGAACUCCGUCUCCCCGUGUCCGAAUCGGAUCCUUCUCCCACCAGUCCCCAUCUCCUUGUGUCCGAAUCGGAUCCUUCUCCCACCAAUCCCCAUCUCCUCUUGUCCGAAUUGGAUCCUUCUCCCACCAAUCCCCAUCUCCUCAUGUCCGAAUCGGAUCCUUCUGCCAAUGAACAGAGUGGUCAGACCUGAUUGAAAUGCAGGAGAAAAAGUCUUAGAGUGUGGAACUGCUAUGACAAUGUGCUGUACCUGCAGGGGAAUCUGCUGGUAUGAAUUUUAUUGGAUCUGACCAAACACGGAGAGGGACAGAGUGGAAGGGACAGACUUUUGACGCCCCUUCACCAAAAUUUCUAUUGGUAUUGAGUUUGUAGUGAGCAUACACACACACACACACACACACACCUCAGACACACAGACACAGGCCCCACUCAGUACUGUGGUGGAAAUUACCUUAAUUUCCCCCGGUUGGUAAGAAGAGUCCAACAGACGUACACACAAUAUUCAGUUCAGAUACCUUUAUUCGGGCGAAUAGGAGAAUCCACACAGUGCCACAACAUGUCUGUAUGAAAGCUCUCAGAACAGAGGAUGACCAUGACUCCUUCAAUUGAAAGUGGAAAACAACUUUUUCAAGGGAGGCAGAACAUGGUGACCAUAGGGAGGAAUACCUGGUUCUCCAUUCCGGCUCAAAACAGGCCGCUAAAGAACCGAAUCAACGUUGUGCUCAGCAGGCAACUGAAAGAGACCCCAGAGGGUGCUCAUCACCUGGCCCCUGACUUCAGCUCAGCACUCCACCUGCUGGACAGCGCCAAACUAACAGGGCAGGUGGACCAGGUGUGAGUCAUUGGAGGCAGCACCGUUUAUAAGGAAGUGAUGGAGGCCCAGGGUCAGAGGCGGCUAUUUGUGACUCUGGUCCUGCAGCAGUUUGACUGCAACACCUUCCUGCCCUCUAUCAAUCCCGCCAUCUUCCGCCUCCUGCCAGGGUUCCCAGGAGUACCAGAGGGAAUACAGGAGGAGAAUGGGAUUCAGUACAAAUAUGAAGUGUAUGAAAGUGUACCAACCUGAGCUGGUCCCAGUCUUUCAUAAUCAUAAUCACAAUAAUAACUAUAAUAGUAAUAUAAAAAGUGUCAUAAUAAAUAACGAGAAUAAA